AUAGGGGAUCAGGAGCAGACGGUAAUUACUAUCCCUGAAGCUUUGGGCUGUCUUGAGACUCAUGGGCAGCGACGUGUUUUGGACACCGUCUCUCAGCUUCGAAAGUGCGGCUUAGAUAGUGUCUUAUCACUGCCGCAACUGGUUGUCUGUGGUGAUCAGUCGGCAGGGAAGAGUUCAGUACUAGAGGCAUUAACUGAGAUACCCUUUCCACGCAAAGACAACUUGUGUACAAGGUAUUCAACCGAGAAGAUAUUGUGCCAUGGAACAUCAGAUUCGCUUCAGAUUAAAAUGAUACCGGACCCCGAACGCUCCGCUGAAGAGCAAAGGUCUAUCAAAGCCUUCAGGGAGACUAUAACAAGCUUCGAUAAACUACCUCAACUAAUGACAAAAGCAACGGAGCUUAUGGGUAUUGGUGGAGUAUACGAUCAUGAGAGCAGCAAUGAUGGUAAUCAUCGUCGAGCGUUUGCACGUGAUGUGCUCAGUGUCGAGAUAGAGGGGCCAAACCGACCACAGCUCACAGUUGUUGAUUUACCCGGUAUCGUACAGUCGCAAACGAAAGACACCACUCAGGCAGACGUCGACAUGACGGUUAAAAUAAUAGAGUCCUACAUAUCUCAACCACGAACUAUCUGUCUGGCUGUCAUCUCAGCAACAAACGACCAUGCGAAUCAACCAAUUCUAAACAAAGUUCGUCAAUUCGAUCCCACAGGUGAACGUACACUGGGUAUCAUCACAAAACCCGAUCGUUUGCCACAUAGUUCGGAUUCGGAGACCCAAUUUUUGGGAUGGCACAUAUUAAAAAUCCGGAGUUUCGAAGAAGCUGAAUUCUCUAUUGAUGAGCGAAACAGCUCCGAAUCGGCUUAUUUUCGGAAGUCAAUUUUCGAAACCCUUCCUCCUGAUUAUGUCGGAAUCAAGAGCCUCGUCGACCGUCUCAGCAGAUUGUUGUUUUCUCAUGUGCAGCAAGCACUUCCUAGGCUUCAGGAAGAGUUAGAUAAAGCUUUGGAAAAUAAUAGAAAAGAGAUUUCUGUCAUGGGAGAGGCGAGAACAAGUCCAGAGGACUGCAAAAUAUUUCUGACCCGAUUGGGGUUGAGUUUCUAUGAGAUAUGCUUAGUAUCUAGCGCUUGUAUAAGCAUGUAG